AUGCAUUCCUUAAACGCAUCAGCAACCGAUUCCGACAACAUGGCUGUCGCCCCACCGCCUAGGGCGCUUAGAGCUCCGAGGACACUAUACUUUGCCUACGGCAGCAACCUCUGCCUAGCCCAGAUGGCCAAGAGAUGUCCAAACAGUAUUUUCAAGGGAAAGGCGACACUUGAUUCGUACCGUUGGCAGAUCAAUGAGCGAGGUGUGGCCAAUGUCAUCCAGGCCGGGAGUGAUCACACAGUGGAGGGUCUUCUCUAUUCCAUCAGCCCAAAGGACCAAAGGACACUCGACCGUAAUGAAGGUGUUUCUAAGGGUUUCUACCAGAAAUAUCUCCUUACCGUCACACUUGAGCCUCACCAGCAAUACACAAACCUCAAGACUGCUCGGCUAGCACACCUGCUUGCCGAGAACCGGACAACGAUACUGGAUGAUGAAGUACAGUCAUCUGAUAUCUUUGCGGAGAAGACGACCCCAAGCGAUUCGUAUACUGGUAGUGAACCAGCGGGUUGUCAAGAAGUCAGAGCUCUGGUCUACGUGAGUGAUGAUUACACUACCGACGGCAAAAUCAGGGAAGAAUACAUCGCCAGAAUGCAGAACGCCGCCAACGAUGCUGUGGCUAUGGGUGUUUCAAGAUCAUUUGUCGAUAAGUACAUGGUGCCAUUCCUCGAUCCCAGGCAAAUCAGACAUCUAUCAAAAGGGCAACCUGAAGCACAACGGCACGCUACUGGGGCUACACCACAACCACAGCCCCCGGACACAAACACAACACACGAAAACGGCGCCGAAAGUAAAGACGCCAGCACCAACGAUCCUGAUACAAAGGAAUCAACUCAAAUAGAUGCGCAACACGGUGACGAGGCAAGCUAUGUCGAUCUGUCCAAGCUGAAAAGCAUGAACCGUGACUCUGAAUAUCACUCCAGCGUCACAUUCCCUCAAGACAUGCUAGAAGCCGUUGCAAAAGCCAACAACGCCGUCACUGAAGCCGACGCUGGGAACAUAUACAUUAUUGUUGUCAGCCAGAAAGACCCACAGGCUAAUUCGAGCUUCAGCAUCGCCGCAGCCGCUCAGGGGGUUCGCUUGGCUAAUGAGCUUUCUAUGAAGACCUUCCGAGAGGUGUGUGCACGCAACACGAAGCAUGUGGUGGAAAGGGGUGACGACCCCGACGAGGUAAUCGUCAGAGAGGGCUCUCCGGGAGAUUUGUCGUGGAGACUUGAGAAGGAUGCUUUUCUUCACCUUCGUGUUUCGAGACCGGGAGAGGAGCCUUGGUUGAGGGUGUGGGUAGAGCCGCAGUUGUUGUUAGAGCCUUUGUAA